GGAAUUGUCAGGUGGACAGAGGGUCUAUUUUAGUGAGCCAUUCACAUUAGACUUUGAAUACAUAAAUCUUUCACUAAUAACCAUAAAGUGCUUUUUCUUUCCUGACUCACCACUGUUGCUGCCCUCGCUGAUUUCAUUUCACCUUCAAGGUCCUGUAAUCUGCAGACAUGUCUGAGGGACCGAGGAAGCCAAAAUAUUCAGCAACACGCCGACUGCUUUUGAAGUCCAAACUGCUCAAGAAGGCAGCUUCUAUGCUGGUGGCUGAAAGCGAAGCGAAGAAACAUGAGAAGGAAAGAGCUGUGAAUGAGUGCUUCCCUCCGCUGAAGCUAUCGGGUCUGUCAGUCCAGGAACUCCAGGACCUCUGCAAAGACCUACAUCGUAAGAUUGAUGAAGUUGAUGAAGUGCGUUACGAUAUGGAGAUUAAAGUUGCCAAAAAUGAGAAAGAGAUCCAGUCACUGAAUCAGAAGAUCAUUGAGCUAAAGGGCAUAAAGAGGCCCAGCUUGAAGAGGGUGAAGAAAACUGCAGAUGACAUGCUGGGUGCAUACACCGACACCUCCAGACUUAUGAAGGCUGAUUUCAAGGCCAACCUAAAGACAGUGAAGAAGGAAGACGAAAAGAGGGAAGAAGUGACUGACUGGCGUAAGAACGUGGAGGCCAUGUCCGGAAUGGAGGGCAGGAAGAAGCUGUUUAAUGCUGGACAGUAAAAACGGUGUUUGGGUGAAACAAUGUUAGCACUACUCUACAGAAGUUUCUUUUUUUUUUUUUAAAUCCCAUCGUUUAUCUUUAUUUCAGAAUCAAAUGCAAGAAAGACUCCAUUACAGGAUGAAGUAAAACCAAUUUUGUAAAGAAUAAUGUCAACCAUAAGCACCUACAGAAGAUUAAAUGCACCUUUUCGGAUUACGCUGUAUCACUGUAUUAAUGUUUUGAUGUAAACGUGUGUGCUUUAAAAUAUCACUGUAUGCCAUGAAUGUAAUAAUAAAUGAAACUGAGCUAAAGAAAAGGCUGAGUAACUUCACAAGUUUGUCUUUUAAAGUGCAGUAUUUGUAUUAAACAGAUGAUGGUGCUGUCUGACAAUCUGUAAUACAUGUGAGACUGAUUAAACAAUCAUAAUGA